AUGUCCUCGUUUGAGGACGCAGAAACAGGUUCAGAGGCAGAGGAGGGGGGGGCUCCUGUAGCCGGGGUGAUCGUCGUUGACCCCUUCUGUGACUACCUGGGGAAGCGAUGCAUCGACAUUCUGGAGGAGGCCGGCUACGCUGUGGUCCAGGUGCUGUCCGACCAUCUCGUAGCGACCUUGGACAGCGACAGCGCCAAGGGGUUUCGCCCCCCAAGUCCCGGCAAGGAGGCCGAGUGGGCUAGCUGGCUACCGUUCCCCAUCGUGGCCGUGGUUUGCGAGAGCGACGCAGGCCUUGCGAAUGCGGAGAGGCUGCAGGCGGCGCUCCUAGGCCCACGGUUCGGAGGCAACAACGACGCGAGGCGGGACAAGUUCCUCAUGAACGAGGCCAUGAGAACCGCCGGUCUCGCCGCCGCCCGACAGAUCAAGACGGGAGACAGGGUCAAGGUCAGACAGUUUUUAGCUACCCUCGAGACCACCACCACGGCACCGCCCCCGACCCCUGCUCAACAACAAGACACGCAACAACUGGAACAAACCGGAGGGAGAGAAGUGGCGGCAGACGCCGACGGCGAUCUCGCCGCUCCGAUGCCCGAAGAAAACUCGGAGAACGUUCCUGAGGCGAAGGGGCUGGGAGGUCGGGGAGAAGAGCAGGAGGAGGACUGCGGGGACGGGAAUGCGCAUGGCGUGCUGUCGGUGGUGAAGCCGGCGAGGGGGUGCGCCAGCGGCAGCGUUUUUCGGUGCCAGGGCGAGCGCGAGGCGAUGGAGGCUUUCGACAAAAUCCUUGGGACACCCAAGUACGGGACCCCCGGAGAGUUCAACGACGAGGUUUUGGUUCAAGAGUUUUUGGUGGGCACGGAGUACGUGGUGGAUACCGUCAGCCGUGAUGGAGAGCACAAGGCAGUGGCAAUCUGGCGCUAUGACAAGCGGCCAGCAAACGGGGCUCCUUUCGUGUACUUCUCUGUGAAGCUAAUGCCUUCGGACGGACAAGCGGAGCAGAAGGUGGUGGAGUACGCCUUCCAAGCUUUGGACGUGCUGGGGAUCAAGUUCGGCCCAACACACACAGAGAUUAUGAUGGUCGGCGCACACGGCGGGGACGAUGGGACCACAUCCCCGGGGGAGGGAACGCCGACUCUGGUCGAAGUAAACACCCGCUGGCACCUGACGGACUUCGCUCCUCUGACAGACGCCUGCGUAGGGUACAACGCUGUCGAGGAAACCCUUGCGGCGUAUCUCGACCCGGGGAGGUUCGAUGCGCUUCCCCGGGUCCCUCCGACUGGGAAGGACUCGCGGUAUGGGAGGGUGGUGCACCUGGUCUCCUAUGUGGAGGGAACCCUCGAGCGCAUAUUCCACGAAGAGGAGAUCCGAAGCCUGGAGAGCUUUGCGGGGAUCGACGUGUACGCCGACCCGAAGAAUGGUGGGUCAGGACACGUGAAGAAGACAAUCGACAUCAGGUCGGAUGCUGGCUGGGUGCGAUUGGUGCACGAAAAGGAGGAGGUUGUUGAGAGGGACUACCGGCGCGUGGUAGAGCUCAUGCCAACGAUGUACAAAGUCUCGGGAGAUUCGAGUAGCAGCGGGUGA